CCGAAUUGGAGGUUGGUCAUAAUUUGUGGCAAUGCAUGGUCUACGGGGGUGUUUUUCCUGAAUAAUUGAGUUUUGUUCAAGUAUUUUGAAGCCUCGGGUUAAAUCAUCCCAAUUUUUGUUGGCCGGUCUGGGACAUUGCAUCAUCUGAAACCGACUUACUUUCAUCUGAUAGCACUACCUUUUCACACUCGCAGCACCAACUCAUGAAGCCUCAAAAGGGUUCUAUUGGACCAGGUUUCUAGAUUCCCUAGUGUUAUAUCGUAUUUAGAAGUUCAUCUAACAGCAAAUUUGAUACAAUGAAAGCCAUUCUCCAGCGAGUGUUAUCUGCUUCAGUCACUGUUGAUAAGCAGUUGGUUUCGUCCAUUGGGAAAGGAAUUCUCGUGUUUGCUGCUAUGGCGCCCGGUGAUACCGAGAAGGAUGCAGAGCAUUUAGCGUCGAAGGUGCUCAAAAUGCGACUGUGGGACGAUGACAAUGGUGAUCGGUGGAAACAAAGUGUUCAAGAUAUCAAUGGAGAGGUCUUGUGCGUUUCUCAGUUCACUUUGCUUGCAAGCACCAAGAAGGGAAGCAAGCCGGAUUUCCACGGUGCAUUAGGUGGAGGCCAGGCCAAGGCGCUUUAUGAGGUUUUCUUUUCGAAAGUCCAAGAAGGCUACAAACAAGAAAAGGUUAAAGAUGGGGUUUUCCAGGCCAUGAUGGAGGUGGCUCUGGUUAAUGAUGGACCUGUUACCUUGGAAAUGUCAGCUGGUCCGAGUGGGCAGAAAUGAGAUGCGAAUGCUGUUGGCAUAGAGAAAUCCUAACUAGGAAAUCUUUCAGCUGUAAAGGACAGGUUGUAUAUUCAAUGGCAUGCAUCACGUGGACUGUGGUUCUGUGGGUUUGCUGUCUCUGCUAGUUCCCGCCCGUGGAUCGUGGACCAUGCCCAAAAGCCAAGAAGCACGUGAUACAUUGAGCAAGCUCCUGGAAUCUCAGACUUACCAUAUGCCUUGCAGCUAAUAAAGCAAACGUGAUGAGGUCCC